AUGACUACCAUGGGCGCUACCACCAAACUAAGCCAGCAAGAGAUCCUUCCCGCCAAAGACGACAUCGGCGCCUUGGCCAACAGAAUCAACCUCGAAACUCGUGGCCACCACGACAAGGUCGACAAAAUGAUGACUUUGCGGUUUGCUUUGGCCCUCAGAGACUACAAGAUCUACAGACAGGGCUUGCAGAGCUUCUACCACGUGUUUGCCUCCAUCGAGACUGCGUUGUACCGCCAGUUCGAGAAAGACGACCAGUGGACUGAGAUGUUGAAGGAGGUGUGGAAGCCAGAAGUGGCACGUCGCGAGCGUGCUGCCACCGAUUUGAUGUUUUACUAUGACGACCACAAGGAUAAGUUCCUCAAGCCGCAAAUGCUGGAGCAGAUUGCGUUUGCCAACCACAUCUUGGAGGUCACUGCCGCCAGGCCCUACUUGUUGUUCGCAUACUUGCAUGUGAUGUACUUGGCGUUGUUUGCAGGCGGACGUAUCAUGCGGUCGUCGUUCGCCAAGGCCACAGGCAUGUUCCCCCAGAAGAACGGGAUGUCCCACGACCAGAUUGUCAAGUUGGGCACCAAUUUCUUCACUUUUGACGUGACGGACGAGUCGUUGUUGCGUGUGGUGUACAAGCGCGACUACGAGUUGGUGACCAGAAACGGGUUGACCGAGGACCAGAAGCUCGAGAUCAUCGAGGAGUCCAAGUACAUUUUCGACCAGAACGCGCGGUGCAUCAUGGAGUUGGAGAAGCACAACAUGAAGCGCAUCACCCAGAAAUGGUCGUACAUUGCAGUCACCAAGGGGGCGUACGUGGUGGCUUUGUUGGCGGUGUUAUUGGUGUUUUACUACGUGAGAAGAAUCAUGGCACAUCUUUUGUUCUAA